CCUCUCUUUUCUUUUCCUCCCUCUUUGCCUAUCUUCCUUCUCCUUCUCUCCACAGUCCUCCUCCUUUUCCUCCUCCUUGUUUAUCUUCUCCUUCUCCUUAUGUAUUUUCAUCUUCUUGUCUUCCUCCUCCUCCUCUUUCUCUUCCUCCCCUUCAUCAUCUUCUCCUCUGCCUUGUCUGCCUCCUCUUCCUCCUCCUUCCUCCUCCUCCUGUAUCUUCUCCUUCUGUAUCUUCUCUUUUUCCUUCUCUUCCUCCUCCUCCUCCUCCUGCUGUAUCUUCUCCUUCCAUAUUUUAUCUUCCUCCUCCUCUUUCUCCUCCUCCUCCUGUAUCUUCUCCUUCUAUAUCUUCUUUUCCUCCUCCUCCUCCUCCUCCUGCUCCUGUAUCUUCUCCUUCUAUAUCUUCUCUUUCUCCUUCUCUUCCUCCUCCUGUUCCUUCUCUUCCUUUCACUUUUACUUCAGGCAAACAGCCUCAUUUUACACACACAGUCCUCGAUUUACGACCCAUCAUUGGGACCUGAAUAUCCAUUGCUAAGCCAGGCAAGUGUGAACUGAGUUGCUCCUGACUAUACCCCUUAUUUUUGCCACGGUUACUAAGUGAAUCCUGCAGUUGUUGAGUGAAUCGUGCUACCCUUAAGCAAAUGGGAAGGUACCUGGGAUGGCUGCAAAAUUUUUUGUUAGCACACACCAGCUGCCAGGCACCCAAAUAGUGAUCGUGCGACGACGGGGAGGCUGCCACAGUCAUAACUGCAAGUCCCGUUUUUUUUCAGUGGCAUUGUUAACUUGGAACGGUUGUUAAACCCUCCUGUUCAACAUCUAUAUGAAGCCACUGGGUGAGAUCAUCAGUGGCUUCGGGGUGAGAUACCAACUGUACGCUGAUGACACUCAGCUGUACUUUUCCACCCCGGGCCACCCCAGCGAAGCUGUCGAAGUGCUGUCCCGGUGUUUGGAAGCCGUACGGGUCUGGAUGGGGAGGAACAGGCUCAAACUUAAUCCCUCCAAGACGGAGUGGCGGAGUGGAUGCCGGCACCUCGGUACAGUCAGCUGCAGAUGCGGCUGUCUAUCGGGAGCGAGUCAUUGGCCCCGAUGGAGAAGGGUCUUCCCAGGAAAUGAGGAUCUCGGAGGUGGUCUCGUCACUACUCAGGGUUGAGGAGACGUUCUCAGCGCAUCUGGCGCGGAUCAACGCGGUGGUCCUGAAGCCCCUUCUGCAAACAGGGUCUUUGGAGAAUGUAAAAUUCUUUUUCCUGUUGAACGACCACUUCCAAGCGAUCUGGCAUCUGACGGAGGAGAACUACAGGACGCUAAAGAAGGCGAAUAGCACCUCCGAAUCCGUUGGUGUCCCUGAUGUGUAUCUCGUCUGCAAAGCAGACUCGUUCCUGAAUGCUUAUGUCCAAUACUUCUUCACAUUUGGUACUUGCGUGGUGUUGCAAAAUUUUGAACAGGCAUCCAGGAGUAAAAGCGAUGUCUGGAAGUUGCAUAAGCCUGCCCUGGGGGAAUUGCUUGCCGAUUUCUCACCUGACAGCUGCCUGGCCAUAGGGCUUCACGCGGUGUUGCAGAAGCCGUUCCGAGACCACCUGCAGCGAUACGCCUGCCUCCUCGCCAAACUCAAGGCAGCCACAGGCCAGAUCUUAGAGAAAGAAAAAAUAGCCGACGCUUCUGAAAAGUUUGCAAAGCUGCGUUCACACGUCAGCCGAAUCGUGGACGAAGCUGGCUUCACCGCCGCCUUGUGGAAGUCCAUAGGAACUAAGUUCACGGAUGUCCUUUGUACCCCUGAGAGACGGUUGCUGGAAGACAGCGAAAGCCUCCCCAUCUUCACCAGCUCCAGCAGAACGGACCGUAUCCUCCUCUUUAACGAUGCCCUGGUGCUCAUCCAGGGGAAUAACUUCCAGAGUUUUGAUCUGAAGCUUCUGUGGGUUGAGACAACUUCCAGCGAAACCGGAAACCACACUUUAAACAUUGUGACUCCAGAAGAAAAUUUCUUCCUGUCGGCCAAAGAACCAGAAGCCCAAGUGGUGUGGCAGUGGAAGAUCUACCGGGCGGUGGCCCAGGCCUUGGCGGACAAGAGAGAGGUCUCCGUGUGGGGCGAUGAAGGCAAAAACUUGCCCCCCCAGCUCUGCCGCUUUGCCACCUUCGCAUUCAGGGCCGAAGGGCGGUUCAAGAGCGCCACGUACGAGGGAGAGUGGUGCUUGGGGAAACCCCACGGAAAAGGGAAGCUGACGUGGCCCAAUGGCCGGAAUUUUGCAGGAGAUUUCAAAAAAGGCUUGGAAGACGGGUUCGGGAUCUGUUUGAUCCCUCAAGGAUCCAGUGACCGCUAUGACUGCUACAAAUGCCACUGGCGGGAAGGCCAGAUGAAUGGCUACGGUAUCUGUGAAUACGGCAAUGAGAUGGUCUACAAAGGGUAUUUCAAGGACAACAUGCGUGAGGGUUUUGGUGUGCUAGACAGCCCCCUGAGUACUGACCAUCCAUUCAAAUACACUGGACACUGGACAAAGGACAAGAGGACAGGUUAUGGUGUCUGGGAUGACAAGGAAAGAGGUGAAAGAUACAUUGGGAUGUGGGAAAACGACCAGAGGCACGGACCAGGAAUUGUGGUGAUGCAGUCAGGUGUCUGCUUCCAAAGGACUUUCCACCUGGAUAAAAUGGUGGGAUCCGGGGUUUUGAUUCUGGAAGAUGAUUCCGUCUACGAGGGAAAUUUCACGAACGACUUCAAGUUUGUUGGCAAGGGAAAGCUGACCUUUUCAAAUGGGUUUGUUCUGGAGGAAACCUUCGCCAACAAAUCUAGAGAAGGACUACAGGUGCCAGGGAUGAGCAGCCAUUCUGGAGAUCAACAGACUGUCACCAAAUCUGCUAUUCAGUUGGGUCAGGAAGAAUUCCCGGUGGAGAAGCGAUGGGAAGACCUCUACAACCAGUUUCUGGCAUUUGUCCGCAUGGGAGGCCAAGCGGACGCGGAAGAAUCGUUCAUGGGUUUUCACGUCCAGACAAGUCGCGAACUGCGCAAAUCUCAGGAGAAUCUCUUCUGCCAUGGAGGAACCACAGAAGCGUCUGAGAAAACGGACUUUCUUGAAGAACUAAUAAAACACCAGGAGCCGGAAGUUCGGCAGAGUUAUUUGCAACAGGCUCUAGGGUCCUCCUUACAUCCUUUAGGGAAAUUGCUGAAAACUCUGAUUUUGGUGUUUCAAUCCACUUAUUCUGGCAUCGGUGCUAACAAGCAUCUCUUGAGAAUGGCCCAAGAAGAGGUCAAACACUACGCCAAGAAAAUAUGGGAAUUUUAUCAAGACUUGUUGCAACUUGCUUUCAAGGUCAAAAGCUUCAAAUCUACCCAAAACACAGAAAAAAGGGACGUGGAAGGAGCUUCUGUCAUUCUGCCUCUCAUCCUCCCGUAUUUCUACCCGGAUCUUCUGAUGCUCUACAUGGUCGCCCACGGGAAGCAGGACGAGGUUUAUUGCCAGGGAAUCAUCAACCUCAGCCGCCUCUCCGACACCAAACUCCUGGAAUACCUGGAUGUGCAGAAAGACUUCUGGCCCCUGAAAGACCUCACCCUCACCAGUAACCAAAGGCAGUCGCUGGUGAAGGAUCAUUGCUUUCUCUCUGCUACUGAAUGUCUGCAGAAGUUGAUCACUACCAUGGACCCUCAGGAAAAACUGGACAUUCUGCAGCAGACGUACGAGGAGAUUGAGGAAACGAUAAACCAGAUUUUGGGGAAGGAAUGUAAUUUGCCGAUGGAUGAUUUACUGCCUCUGCUGACCUAUGUGGUCACACGGGCCAGCAUCCAACGUCUAGGAGCAGAAAUUCACUUGAUCAGAGAUCUGAUGGAUCCCACAAAUGGUGGAAAACAUGACUUCCUCCUGACGGCACUGGAGUCCUGCUACCAGCUUAUCCAGGAGAUAAGACUUCCUUGAACGGCGUGUGACUCCUGAAAGACUACACAACCCCAUCAUCCACAGCCAACAGCAGUUGGAGAAUUUAUUCUGGUCAUGCCCAGAAACUAGACUGAACGCAGUUGCUGCUGUUGUUUAUUUUUUAAAAUUAAUAUUUGUCUUUCCUAUGGGAAGCAUGUUCAUUCUUUUAAAGGCGCUGUCAGUUUCUUCAAAAUUGAAUCAAUGACCGGAGCUUGCUUGAAAUUGACAGAAAAAAAGAUAGGGUGAGGCUACAGGUAGUCCUUGAUUUACAACAGUUCAUUUAGUGACCGUUCAAAGUUAUAACAGCAGUGAAAAAAAGUGACCUAUGGCCAUUUCUCAGCCUUACGACCAUCGCAGCAUCCCCUGUGAUCAAAAUUCAGAUGCCUGGCAACUGUCUCAAAUUUAUGACGGUUGCAGAGUCCCGGGGAAGGCGGGCUGUCACUCGAUUCCUCUUUUGCAACUUCCUGGCAAGUGCAAUUAAUGGGGGAGCUGGAUUCGCUUAACGACCAUGGUAUUAAUUGAACAGCUGCAUUUACUCACUGAAAUAAGAAUUCAAGGAACAAAUUUAAUAGAAUAAUUUCAAUAAAUAAACUUGGUAGAUAAAUAAGUGAAUACAUUCCAUAAAUUUGGUAAAUAAUACUUAGUAAAUUCAAUAAGUUUAGAAAAUAAUUACGUAUAGUAAAUUUAAUAAAUAUAAUUUAAAAAAAAACAUUAAUUGUAUCACCUGACUAUGGAACUGGUUCCUAAAGGUAAACCAGUUGCCAAAUUCCUGCAGUGUGGUUGGAUGACCUCAGGAGGGUCCAUUGGAACGGUCAUUAAGUGAGGACUUUUGUAAGGAGAUUCAAUAGAAUAUAGGUAGUCCUUGACUUACGACUAUAAUUGAGCCCAAAAUUCUCUUGAGAUAUUAAGUGAAUUUUGCCCCAUUUUAUGAACUUUCCUGCCCCAGUUAAGUGCAAUUGUUAAGUCUGUCACUGUUCUGUCCCCUCCUGGCCUCAGCCAUGCGAGCUGGCUAAACAAGCCAGUAAUUGAGUUCAUGGCUAUCAUCUUGGCAGGGAAUCUGCAGCUGCCUGCUAAAGUUUCCCUUAUCUUGGGGUUGCCAGGCAACCAGGAAGUCAGCAAUCCAGGCCGAAUGUUUAGCUCACUUCUCCACGAAUCAAAGAGUUCAGCUCAAUUUUUGCUCGUCAUGGAGCAGAAGAGCAGCCAGGGCUGCUUUUAUACUCUGUGGGGUGUGGCUUUGUGACUCAGCACUCUCUAGGCCUGCCCCACCCCUUUCUUUGUUGUAGCGCCUCGCGUAUCUCUGAAACCUGGGAUCUAGUCAGCCUGGUUGCCAUCAGCUGGGUCUGGAGGCAUGGCCUGGGGGGGGAAGAAUCAGGGGAUGGAGGCCUUGUUAUCUCCUCCACCUGGCCUGCCUCUGGCUCCUGGAGCUGAGCCAGAGGAGCCAAUGCUCCAGAGGUAAGUCCUGAUGGCCCUUUCCCCUCACUUUCCGAGUCACUUUCUGGCAGGGGGCCCAGCUCGGGGGGGCGCACACACAACAAUCACAUGGUUGUUAAGUGAAUAUGAUGCUCCAUUUGACUUUUCUGAUCAGGUCGCAAGGGGAUCACGUGACCCCAGGAAACUGCGACCAUCAUAACUGUGAAAAACAGUCAUAAAUCACCACUUUCUCAGUGCCAUUGUAACUUGAAAGGUCACUAAAUGAACUGUUGUAAAUGGA